CACGUAACCAGCAAGAUGGCUUUCAAAAGGGCUGUGAUACAGCUGGUUUUGAUGGUUUUACUUUAUUCUUCCCCCGGCGUCCAAAGUUUUUUGGAACGCAUCAGCUGCACUAUAUCUGCCGACUGCAAUUGUGAUUUUAAACCAAAUAUACGAGGUAAGAAAACGGAAGCUAUGCUAGACGGGUAGUUAGCUAACCAGCUGGUGAGCUGCUCCAGUUUAUUGUUUGUAAGAAAACCCCAUGGCUAGAGUUAGCUAGCUAACGUAGUGAGAUUAAAUGGUUCUGCAAAUUAUUAGCUAUACUGAACAAAAAUAUAAACGCAACAAUUUCAAAGAUUUUAUUGAGUUACAGUUCAUAUAAGGAAAUCAGUCAAUUGAAAUACAUUCUUUAUGCCCUAAUCUAUGGAUUUCACAUGACUGGAAAUACAAAAUAUGCCAUUUGCCUCAUGCAGCGUGACACAUCUCCUUCGCAUGGAGUUGAUUGUGGCCAGAUGAAUGUUGUCCCACUCCUCUUCAAUGGCUGUGUGAAGUUGCUGGAUAUUUGCAGGAACUGGAACACGUCGAUCCAGAACAUCCCAAACAUGCUCAAUGGGUGACAUGUCUGGUGAGUAUGCAGGCCAUGGAAGAACUGGAACAUUUUCAGCUUCCAGGAAUUGUGUACAGAUCCUUGGGACAUGGGCCGGCGGAUGAAUGGCACGACAAUGGGCCUCAGGUAUCUCUGUGCAUUCAAAUAGCCAUCGAUAAAAUGCAAUUGUGUUCGUUGUCUGUAGUUUAUGCCUGCCCAUACCAUAACCCCACCGUCUCCAUGGGGCACUCUGUUCACAAUGUUGACAUCAGCAAACCGCUCGCCCACACGACGCCAUACACGCUGUCUGCCCACGACAGUUGAAAUCGGGAUUAAUCCGUGAAGAGCACUUUCUCCAGCGUUCCACUGGCCAUCGAAGGUGAGCAUUUGCCCACUGUCGGUUACGAAGCCGAACUGCAGUCAGGUCAAAACCCUGGUGAGCACGCAGAUGAGCUUCCCUGAGACGGUUUCUGACAGUUUGUGCAGAAAGUCUUCGGUUGUGCAAACCCACAGUUUCAUCUGCUGUCUGGGUAGCUGGUCUCAGACGAUCCCGCAGGUGAAGAAGCCGGAUGUGGAGGUCCUGUGCUGCCGUGGUUACACGUGCUCUGCGGUUGUGAGGCUGGUUGGACGUACUGCCAAAUUCUCUAAAAUGACGUUGGAGGCGGCUUAUGGUAGAGAAAUUAACAUUCAAUUUUCUGGCAACAGCUCUGGUGGACAUUCCCGCAGUCAGUAUGGCAGUUGCAUGCUUCCUCAACUUGAGACAUCUGUGGUGUUGUGUGACAACUGCACAUUUUAGUGGCCUUUUAUUGUCCCCAGCACAAGGUGCACCUGUGUAAUGAUCAUGCUGUUCAAUCAGCUUCUUGAUAUGGCACACCUUUCCUUUGGGUGGAUUAUCUUGGCAAAGGAGAAACACUCACUAACAGGGAUGUAAACGUGUGCACAACAUUUGAGAGAAAUAAGCUUUUUGUGCGUAUGGAAAAUAGCUGGGAUAUUUAAUUUCAGCUCAUGAAACAUGGGACCAACACUUUACAUAUGUUUUAUAUUUUUGUUCAGUAUAGUUAACUAGUUUUGAUUCUUUAUAAUAACGUUAGCUAGCAAGCUAAUUAUAUUAGACUGUUAGGCUAGUUAGCGCUUGUCCAUCACGCGACAACAUUGAGUUUCUUCUGCGCUGUGUCACUUUACGUGUAUAAUUUCUCUAAACAAAAUCUGGGAAACAAAUCCUCUAGCUAUGAAAGAUUACAUGAAAAGUGAGAGUGCAGAGGCAACUCGUUGUUAUUGUCGCGCGAUGGACCAGAGCAAGCUAGUAUCGCUAGCUUUCCAGCAGUCUUAGCUGUUUAUUGUUAGCUAGCUAGCUUGCCCAUAGACUACAUUCACAGAUGAAAGGGGAAGGAAACCUUUCAAAGGAGUUAGUUAUUAUAAUCUUUGCUUGACUGUUCCCUCACAUCUGUGCAUGCCAAGUGUUUUUUUUCCUAGCCCUGCUGUCAUACUGAAAUAAUGGCAAGUUUGUUGGGUCUUGCUCUAACUACAUUUUAUUAUUCCAACACCUCGAUCUCUGCAAAUCUAUCUUCCCAGGUUUGGAAUGGGAUCUGUAUAAGAAUCUCUACGGUCAGCAUCUGGCCCAGGACAUAGUGUCAGAGGAGGUGGCAAACUUCCUUCAGAAGGAGAGUCCAGACCGACCCCUCGUCCUGUCCUUCCAUGGGGGGUCAGGGACGGGCAAGACUCUGGUCAGCUCCAUGUUGGGGAGACACCUGUAUGGCACAGCUAUGGGAAGCCCCUACAUCCACCAGUUUGUGCCAACACUACACUUCCCCUCGCCUGACCGCGUCAAACAGUACAGGGUAGCGCAUCUCUCCCACCUUGGACCACAGAGUAUCAUGUACUGCUUAGUGCUCACACAUACACACCUUUGCAAUGCCUGCUGUUUGAGACAGUACUUAUCCCCUACGAUCAGCUUGAUGUGCACUUGUCAAGUCACAGCUUUAUGUUGUAACCACAAUCUUUCCUGCAUGCUGUAUGUCUGAGCCAUUACCUUGUGAAACAUUAUUUUCAUACAUUGCUAAGUGGUUCUGACCUCCACUCUUUCUCUUUCUUCCCUGUUGUCCCUUAGCUGGAGCUGAAGCUCUGGGUGGAGGGGAAUUUGACGGCCUGUGCCCGCUCCAUAUUCAUCUUUGACGAGAUGGAGAACAUGCCCCCGGGGGUCAUCGACAUCCUGAAGCCCUUCCUGGGGCCCUCAUACGUCGUGUUCGGCACCAACUACCGCAAGGCCAUCUACAUUUUCAUCAGGUAGCGGCUGGCUGGCUGAUGAUGUAGAUGGCCUUGUGGUAGUUGACUGAAUAUCUAUCUCACGGUUACUGUAAAUGUCCUAAGUUUGAAGGCUUGGAUGUUGAACUAUCGUUGUGCCUUUUAGUAGAUCAAUCCCCUGUAGUGUUCCUGUAUUCCUAGCCAUUGUCCAGUGAAUUUGACAAUAUGACUGCAGUUCAGUCUAGAAGUGUUCAUUUUGUGCCCUGAGAGGGUGAUUCUGUGUGAGGUCUGGUUAUUGCUCUGUAACUACAGGAGCACAUCAUGUAGGUUGUAGAAAUCAUUUCUAUCACAAAGCCCCUGCGAUGAGGUUAUGAGUUAGCGUUCUCUGUCAUUUGGUUCUGAAAUGGAAGUGCUUAUAAGCUGGACUUCAGUAUGUGUGUGUGUCUGUCUUACCUCAUAAGGAUCACUUACCCCAUCCAUCAGGACUUUAUCUGGGACAGGAGCUUGCCUGCUAUUUUCUGGUGGAUACUAUUAAGCAAUGUGUUUUUUUUUUUUUUGUGAUGAAAGUGUGACUGACUGGUUGUAUUUUGUGGUUGCAGCACCAUUGGGGAGGAGGUGAUUCACCGUAUGGCCCUGGAAACCCGGCAGGCUGGCAGGGAGAGAGAGGAGAUCAGGCUGGGGGAUAUGGAGAACGCGAUCUCACAGGCUGUGUUCAACAACAGCAGAAGUAAGAACCUAACUGACUUAUCAAUCAACAGCCCAUUCAUUUAGAAUACAACCGUUCUAAAGUUUUAAGUUAUUACGUUCUAACAGUUCUAAACAGCCCUGUCCUUCUCCCCCCAGGUGGAUUCUUCCAUUCUAGCAUCAUCCAGGAGAGGCUGUUGACCAGCUUUGUGCCCUUCCUGCCCCUGGGCAGACGCCAUGUGGAGCGCUGUGCCCGCAGAGAGCUCUGCCAGCGGGGUGAGUGCCAGCGCACCGAUGUGGUGGCGGCAGUAGGGGAAGCCGUUGUCUACAUGCCCGAGCAGGGACAACACUUUUCCAGCAAGGGCUGUAAAUCUGUGCCGGCCAAAGUCAACCUCUUCCUAUGAGUUAAGGUGAAAGCCAUUUUUAAUUGCUAAAGUUAGAAUUGUUCCCAGAGCCUCAAAGACUGAUUUUAGGGUGGAUUUUAUCAGACGGUGAACUGAACUGUGUUUCUCACUGAAGAUCAUCUCUACAUCCACACUACAAACAGAGGAGAAGAUUGAUUGUAUUCAAAGAGGCAUGUAGACCUUUAAGGCGGUCUGCACACUCAAGGUCAGAGCUGCAAAGGCAGAAUCAUUAACAUUGAUCAAAUUUUAACUGUGAAUCUCUAGUGAGGUAUCCCCUGGAACUAUGAUUAUCCCCCUGGCCCGGAUUCAGUUCAGAAACAGUGAAAGAGAUUUUCUGGAGUUUUUCUGGAGUCCGUACCUUCAUUGUGCUCUGGAACCGAGAGCCAGCCUCUUCCUCCAAUCCAACAACCUUUGCUUUAAACAGAAAAGUGCAUAAUGGAAGUUCUGAGUGGCCAUAGGGGAAGGCAUCAUGUUUUAAGAAUGUUGAUUAUUGCUGUUAGCUAACCCUGGUUGAAAGGAGACUGGUCACUAGAUAUUGUCAAAAUGAUCUGUGACUUCAUUCAGUUAGGUGUUCUUCCUCCAAUAGGAAUAGACUCUUCCAGGGAAGUGUAACGGCGACCAAAAGUCAGGCCAUAUUUUAAGGGGAAAGUAAGAGGGGUAGUUGGGGAUUUUGGCAAUGAGGCC